CGGGAAGCGCGGCCGCUGCAGCGAGUCCGGGGCAGGCGAGGGCCUCCAUGGCUGAGGCGAGCCGGGGACUUUACUGACAGGGACAACCCGGCGCCGGCGGGACGCCAGAAUAUUGACUAAGAUGGCUUCAUUGACUCGACAGAUAUCCAAAUGUUGCCCCUUGCUAAAGAAAAACAGUAUUGUGAAUAGUGGAGAACAGCUGAGAAAACAAGCUGUCAAAACAUGGACACUUCCUCUUCAACAAUCCGGAUUGCCAUUGUUUUGUCCUUACAGAUACUCAUGUCAACUAGUGUUAAAGAACUCUAAGACUGUACUUUUUGAUAACCAUGUACGAUUCUGUAGUUCAAGCACUGAACUGAAUCGGAGUCCAGAUAAUAAUUCAUCCUUAGUUAACAGACCAGAAACUGAAAUAAUACCCAGUUCGUAUACUGAAGCAUUGCAUGAAGAAGGAUUAGAAGACGCUUUGCCUUCAUCCCCUUUUGAGGAAGUUUCGGAAGAUGAGGCUCUUCAGAUCAGGGCUGAGCCACCACUUCCUUUUGAAUCGUUCUCGCUUCAAGAUUAUGUUGAUCAUUCAGAAACACUGCAGAAGCUGGUGCUUCUAGGAGUUGAUUUGUCCAAAGUGGAAAAACGUUCAGUUGCAGGCCAGCUACUUCUCAAGUUGGACUUUGAAAAAGAUAUAAAAAACAUCAUCCUGUUUCUCAAGGAUGUUGGCUUGGAAGAUGAGCAGCUUGGGCCAUUUCUCACAAAAAAUCCUUAUAUUUUUAGAGAAGAAUUGGAAGAUCUAAAGACAAGGGUAGCUUAUCUAACAUCAAAAAAAUUCAGCAAGGAAGCAGUUGCACAGAUGAUCUCAGGGGCUCCAUAUUUACUCCUCUUUUCUGUGGAAAGACUGGAUAAUAGGCUGGGUUUCUUCCAAAAAGAACUUGGACUCAAUGCACAAAAGACCAGAGAUGUAGUAACUCGUCUUCCAAGGUUACUGACUGGCAGUCUUGAGCCUAUUAAAGAAAAUCUGAAGGUGUAUGAGCUGGAACUUGGUUUUAGUAAGAAUGAAAUUCGGCAUAUUGCACACAGAAUCCCCAAGAACUUAGGUAUAAGCAAAAGGAAGCUAACAGAGAUCUUUGACUAUGUACACAACAUCAUGGGCAUUCCCCACAGCAUAAUGGUUCAUUUUCCUCAGGUUUUUAAUUCAAAGCUGCUGCGAAUCAAAGAAAGACACAUGUUUCUUAAAUUCAUUGGAAGAGCACAAUAUGAUCCAAAACAGCCCAAUUAUAUCUCCUUAGAAAAAUUGGUAUCCCUGCCAGAUGAUGUGUUCUGCACAGAAGUUGCCAAAGCAGAAAAACAAGACUUCCACAUUUUCUUGAAAACACUGUAAAAGAAAAGAAAAAAACUUUGUUAAUAAAAUAAAUCGGAAGGUGUUUUUCUUAA